AUGUAUACACCUGAAACAUGUCUUCAUGGAUCGACAAUGGGCGCCAUAUCGACUGAUGGCAAAAGCCGUUCUUUCAGUAUCGAUGCUAAUGGCUAUGCUAAAGCGGCAGGACUUGGACUUCUUCUUCUCAAACGUUUGAGCGAUGCUGAACGUGAUGGUGAUCGUAUCUAUUGUGUGUUGCGUGAUGUUUCGAGUAAUAGUGAUGGAAACGAAGAUCAGCGAAGUUUUCUCGCUCCAUCUGGGACUGGACAACUAAGAUUAUUGAAAAGCAUCUAUGAACGAACCAGAAUAGACCCUAAGUGUGUCUUCUACGUCGAAGCGCAUGGCACAGGCACACCAAUAGGUGAUCCUACUGAAACCAAUGCUGUAGGAGAAUUUUUCAAACGUACGUCAUCGGAUCCUCCUUUACGGGUAGGCUCUGUAAAAAGUAACCUCGGGCACACAGAAGCACUAUCUGGUAUUACUAGCCUUAUCAAAACUGCACUAUGUAUGUACCAUCGAGCUAUUUCGCCCAAUAUGCACUUUAAAGCACUUAAUGCAAAAAUACAAGCUGAUCGUUACCAUAUAGAAAUAGUCCAGCAUCUUGUGCCAUUCCCACCUCUAUCCGAUAGGAAUCCUGUUCUUAUUGGUGUCAAUUCUUUUGGCUUGGGUGGCAACAAUGCACACGCAAUUGUAGAAGAAUACCAGCCGAAUCUUAUAUCAACUAAUCAGAUUUCUGAUAAUAAGUGUUUAUGCGAUAACAUAGAUCCUUCAGAGAAUAGACAACAUUUUAUUUUCAUCUUCUCAGCGAGAAGUCAGCAAUCUCUCAAAGAGCAAGUGGCGAAUUUCAAAAAUUGGCUUCAACGAACUUUAUCAUCAAAGAAUAUAUCUGAUUCGGUUCUCUUUGCUGGCAUCGCUCGACAGUUGUUAAUCAAGCGCACGAUUAGUCAUCCCGACUUAGCUAUACUUGUUUUUGCUAAUCGUAACCAGCUGCAAGAACAAAUUAAUUCUUUUAUGGACGGGCAUACAUUUUCGGGAUUUUUUCUGGCACAACGCCCAAUAAAACAUAAAUUUUUCGAACUUUGUUUCGUUUUUAGUGGGCAAGGUUCUGAAUGGUGGGCUAUGGGGAAACAAUUAUACAAUAGCGAGCCAAUCUUCAACUACUGGAUUCAUAAAAUUUCGGAUGCCUUUACUGAAAUCAAUGAUGGAAAAUGGUGCUUAUUGCAUGAACUGGUUGAAACUAAAAACGAGAUGGAAUCUCGUAUUAAAGAAAUAGAAAUCGGUCAACCUGCUCUAUUCGCUGUUCAAAUUGCUUUAGCUGCCCUCCUCGUUUCCUGGAAUGUUUACCCGAAGAUGAUCGUCUCCUAUGGAUUUGGAGAAUGUGCAGCAGCAUACGUAGCUGGUCGGAUUACUUUGCCAGAAGCAGUACGGAUUGUUUACUAUCGCUCACGUUUCGAUCAUGCUAUGAUUAAUCGAAACUAUCUCAACUUAACAAUAUCUAUGAGUAAAGAAGAUGUUCAAAGACUUAUCAUGGAGGGCUAUGAACAUCUUGUCCGCAUUGCGGAAGUUAAUACUCCUAAUUCAGUGACAUUAUGUGGUCAAGAAAAGACAAUCAGAGAAUUGCAGAUGAUUCUUUCGAUACUCCAUCCAAAUAUUCUUCACUCAAUUUCUCCUGUUAGAAAUGCAUUUUCAUUGGAGGAAAUAGAUCCGUCAGGCAAUCGAGAACGGUUUAAAGCUUCACUCAAAGAUAUCAAUGGUUGUCGACCAAAAGAUUUAUCAACAGUUUUUAACGAGCAAUGUUCCACAGCUCGCUACUAUUCAAGUACAUGUGGCAGUGAAGUUACAGACCAGACACUGGAUGUCGACUUCUGGCUGCAUAAUGUUCAACAUUGUAUUAAUUUCAUUGACGCUAUUACAAACAUUAUUCAAGAGAAGAUCCCNAAUGAAUAG